GAUAGCUAGUGCCGGAAUGUCAAUCAAAUGAAAACAAAAAAAAGCGGCGUGAGAAAACUGAAAAGAACGGCCAGACAGCGAAUAUUUGCUCGUUAAUUGCGAUGCAUUGCACUGAGACGGUGGAAAGAAAGCCGGAGGUGCCGGACUAUGGACACGCAAACAUGGAGACGGCGAUGGAGACGCACUUUAUGGCCAAAAUGGGGAAGUGGAUGACCCCCGAGGAAGAAGCGCGUCAAAAGUUCAUCAUGCGAGAGCGGGAUCGCGAGCGGAAGCGGAUCAAGCGCUUAAAUCCCGAGUACCGGCAAAUGGAACGCGAACGGGAUCGGUUUCGCAAGCUGACGCCCAGGCCCAGUCUGAUGACCCCCGAGGAGGAGGCCCGCCACAAGUUCAUCAUGCGUGAGCGGGAUCGCGAGAGGAAGCGGAUCAAGCGCCUCAAUCCCGAGUACCGGCGAAUGGAACGCGAGCGCGAUAGAUUUCGCAAGAAGGCACGACGUGCUAACUUGACUCCCGAGGAGGAACUGCGACUGAAAAUGAUCCAAAGAGAGCGGGAUCGAGAAAGAAAACGGAUCAAGCGAAUGAAUCCUGAAUACCGGAGGCUGGAACAGGAACGUGAUAGGGACAGAAAAAAGGCGAGAAGAGCCAAUGAAGCAUUCAGGCAGCUGGAAAAGCUGAGAGAUAAGAUCCGAAAAGAUCGUAAGAAAGGCUUACUGCUUACGGACCCGUCACAGUUGCCGCCAGACUUUGCAGCCAUGAUACCGCCAGUGCCUGUGGUGAAGCCCGAGUUAGGAGUGCCACCAGCCCCGCCGCAAGGUCAGCAGCCCACGCCACAGCUGCAGCAACAACAGCAGUUGCAGCAACAUCAGCAGGUGCCACAGCAACAGCAGCAGCAUCAUCAGCCUCCGCCUACGCAUCUGCAGGAGCAGCAGUUGAGUCACCAGCUUGCGCAUCAGCGGAACCGAAUGAUGUCCAGCCAACUAACACAGCUUGCCACGCCCCCCGCCCAUGCCUCACACCUGCAGCAGCUAAAUAAGUUGCAGCAACUCUACCCGCCCAGGAGUUUCGGCCAUCCCGGAUUGCCAAUCGCUGGGGUGACGCUGAUGCCCCAGCUGUGUCAUCCCAUUCUGCAUCAGAACCUUAGUGCCACUUUGUAUGCGGGUCCACCGAAUGGCAUAAAGCAGGAAUAUGGCCAGGACAUCUCCGCCUCAGCGAUGGCGGCAGCUCAGGCGGCGGCACUGGCAUCGCUAAGGAAUCCCCAGCAGCAGCAACAGGAUGACUCUGAUAUGGUGAUUAAUCUCGAGCCAGAGGUCGUACUGCAAACUAGACCCGAUGUGAAUCCCGCCCAGCCACCGCCGCAACAGCAGCAUCAUUUCAGUGCCCACCAGCAGCAUCAACAGCAGCAGCAACAGCAGCAUCAUCUUCAGCAACAACAGCAUUGUAACAUGUUCCAGCAUAUGGCUCCCCAAGCACAUAUGCAACAUAUGCGAUCCCUGCCACCGCCGCCUCCGCCCUCGCUAACAUUACCGCCACUGCCGCCCCCGCCACCUGCAACACACCAGCAUCAGCAACAGCAACCUGCGCCGCCACAGCAACUGCAACUUGCCCCGCAGUUAAAUAUUCUUGCCUGUAGUCCUAAGCUCAACUCUCUAGCCAGCUAAACGCAUACGAAAGUUUGAGGGCACACACGCCUGGAGUUGUGAUCUGAUUAUUUAUGUGAUUUUCAAAUCCCUUAAACCGUAUUGCAUUGCCGCAAAUGCUCGAGCACAAAAUGAUAUCCAACAAGUAUUCAUGGAGAAAAAGAAUGCUAGCUACGUAUUAGAAAACAUAACUCUACUUGGCAAGUUCAUACUAUCUCCUUAUAAGGCUUAUAUUUAUGUUUAGGUUAAAUUCUGUUUUCGAAAAGCUUUUAGUUUUUUUUGUCUAUAUGAUGAUGUCAUUCUAAUGUUGUGAGUCCCUCUUGCUUUAAGCAGUUUAAAAAUGAAAGUAUUUUCAUUAAACCUUUUUUCGUAUUUUGUUUGUUAAAGAUUAUUUAAGGCCACAUUUCCUUUUAUUACCAUAACAAAUUAACAACGAGAAAAAAUACCAGUAACUUUGUAAUGAAAAGACUUUGUGAUAAAGUGCCCCCACCCUAAAGCUAUAUAAACCUAAACUAUUAUGUCAACUAUCCUGUAGUAUUCACAACUCUCAAGGAUGUGUGCCAACAUCUUAAACGCACACACUCGCACUGAAAAAACACCCAUGUUUUUUUUUUAUGUAUUUUAAGAAAACGCCAUUUGAAAAAUGCCGAUACGUAUUAUGUUGCGUUACGCAAACCACAUUACGUUACUUUAGUGGGCUUCCCCGUCAUAAUUUGUUUAUGUCGUCAACCUUCAAGCAUUUCUUUGUUUUCUAGAUCUGUACGUAUUUUAGCAGCUAAGUGAUAGAUGAUACAAUAUAUGCUAGAUUAGGAUACGAUAUCUACAAUACGAUAUAACGAUAACUGUAUACCUAUACGAUAUAAUGAUAUAGUAUGGCCGGCCGCGAAAUAAUUAUUACGAAUUUAUGCGCAAAAACAAGCGAAAUAUAAGCAGCAAAACGAGUUUUGCUAAAAAUUAAAAA